UGGAAUUCAAGUAGACUGGAUGGAACAGUGAAAGAGACCAGGAGGCAGUGUGUGGCUGCCGUGCGAGCCUGUGGUUGCUAGCUGGGGCUCUCUCGGUGCUUACGGCUAAUGAUGAUGGCUGCACUGGUGUGUGGGGCUCCGGGCCGGCGGUGGUGGCGGUGGUAAUGACUCACUGCACAGUGGGACGAGGGAGAUAAAGGGGUUGUGCUUCUGAGGCAGCUCCCAGAACAGAGGCGGCAGGGCGGGCAGGGCGGACAGCACCCGUGUUGCCGCAGGUCCAUGACUGGCUCAGCUUCUCCAGGACAGAGAGACACUAAGUCCAGGCCUCGGUGGGUGUUCGCAGUCACUGAUGUAACACAGCACACCUGUGCCUUAACCAGCUCUUAUCUAACCUGAAUUGCCCCCCUUACCAUUUUCCUAGAGAAACAUCAUCCCAGAGGGCUCCACUGGUACAAAAGGAGUGGGGAGGGAGCUAGAAGUUCAAGGCUGAGUAUCUGGGGGCAGGGGAGGUAACAGACAAGGCACAGUUGAUUUGUAUGCAAACAGACCGAAAAUCUCUAAAAUCCCGAAUCAUCAUUUUGGUGUCAAGGUGAUUCCUACAGCCACCCUUAACCAAGGUCCCACUUUCUGCCACCGCCAUCACCGUGCUCCUUGUCAUCCAGAAAUAAACUAGGCAGCUCAUCUGUGACUGUUACUUACACUCGCUGUCUCCUCCCUGACUCUAUCAGUUUCCAUGACUUUAUUUCCUCCCAUAAGAUUUUUCCUUCCAAGUAUUUACAUCCCUUCUGCCGUCACCCUGGACCAAGCCUUCCCUCAUCACCCCUGCACCACCAAAGUACCACUGUGUCUCUUGUCUUUCAUCUAAGCAAUCCAGAUCCAGUACCACACCAGCUUUUCACAGCUACUAGGUUCAUCAUGUGAAACUCCUCCUCAGAAGACUUCAGUUCCUCCUUUUGAAAAGCCCUGACUUUUCUUCAUGACUUUCAUGAUACCCCAUAGUAUGGCCUCCAUAGGCAUGUGACCUUUGUUCUUCUUCACCAACCAUGGACCCGUCCUUGCCAACAUCCCGACAAAGCCACCAUAGCACAGUGUCAGGAAACACUGCCGAGGGGUCUUGAGUGUGACUGUCCUAUUUUACCUGGGACAGGAAGACAAGGGACAGACGUGAAAUGCCUUCUCUCAGAAACGUGCUCACUGGGACCCCAGGUGAGACCUCAGUGUGGUGUGGGAAGGAGAAUUUCUGGCUUGGAAUGCAAGUCAUUCCUACAAAUAUUUAUAAAGCAUCUCAAGUGGACAUGAAAGAAAAAGGGACACUGUCCCGGCCACUAAAGAUUUGCCAUCACUAGGGAGGUGAAGAAGAACCUCCUGUGGAAGAGAGUGCUGAAUGAAAGGCAUGGUAAUGCCUCCUUCUUUUGUAGAAGGUAUCAGACCCCAGGGCAGGGGCAAGGCAAACAUUAGACUCAUUUUCUAGAUGAUGAAACUUUCUUACCUGCCUGAGAGUUUAAAUGGCUUAUUUAUUAUCACAGGGCUAAUAAUUAGCUCAUCUGAGUCUCCUGGUUUGUUGGAUUUUCUUUGCACUGCUCUGCUCUGCCUGCAAACAGCAGGGUUAUGAUACCCUGAGAGCCAUCGAGCAUUCCCAGGAGCAGGGGGAAUGGACUCCGAGCUGUGAGAGUUACUGGGGGAAGGUGUCAUUUACCUGAGAAUUGAAGGAUCCGGAAGAUUUCAAUCAGAGAAGAAAGAAGGGAAGAAAGAAUAUUCCAGAAAUAAAGAAACUCCAUGAGCAAAGGCACAAAGCAGGACAAGAAGAGCCACCCAAGGGCAAAAUUACUUGAGAAGUGAAGACUCCCUCCCUUUGCCUCCCCUGAGAGUCUGAGAUAAAGGAGGAGGAGAGGUCUGGGUGUCUCUGGACUGAUAAACAGACUCCACCCAGAGGCCAAUAGCAUGGGUAUAUGGGGACAGGAAGGUCAAGUGGCAGAAGUUCCCCUUCUCCAGUACAGAGGAACUGGGGGGGGGGCAGUAGGAGGGAGGCCAUUUCCUGAACCCCACUUCUCAGAUUCAGCACCUAGAGCAGAACCAGGAAGGAUUCUGGGAGCCAGAGAGGACUGACAGACGUUCAAGAGGGUGGAGACCAGAGUGGGGAAGAACCCGGCCGGGGGGAAUGAGCCGGGCAUGGGGAAGGGGGCCUUUCUUAAGGCAGGAGUUCCCUGCACAGCGAUCUCCAGUAUCUCAAGUAGAGUGGCCACAGGAACGCCACAUAAUGGCGGGGUUCAUGGUCCGGCGGGUGCUAGCGGCUGGCCUGCUUUUCAGUCUGCUCCUUGGUUCUUCUUUGCUUUUGGUCUACAUCUUCCGGAGCUGUGGCCCUAGGCCCUGCAGGACGCCCGAGUGUCAUGAUCUUCAGGCUCGUUACCUGGCCUCUGGGAACACCAGUGUGGCCCCCUGCACCGACUUCUUCAGCUUUGCCUGUGGAGACGCCCAAGGCACCAAGAGCUCUUUUCAGGCUCUUGCAGAGGAGAACAAGAGGAGACUUCGGAAAAUACUGGAAAAGCCAGGUUCCCGGCACCUGGGCACUGGGGAGGACAAAGCUUUCCAGUUCUACAGCUCCUGUGUGGACACAGGUGCCAUCGAAGCCGAAGGGGCUGCCCCCCUCAGACAAGUCAUUGAGGAGCUUGGAGGCUGGCGAAUCUCCGGUAAUUGGACUCCCUUAGACUUUAACCGAACCCUGAGCCUUCUGAUGAGUCAGUAUGGUUAUUUCCCAUUCUUCAGAGCCUACCUGCGACCUCAUCCUACCCUUCCACACACGCCAGUCAUUCAGCUGUCUCCUGUAGCACCUUCCCCAUCCUCCCACACCUGUCCUCUCCUCCCUCCACGCUCCCUACUUCUCUCCAGUAUCUCUUGUGUCCAGAUAGACCAGCCAGAGUUUGAUCUUCCCCUCAAGCAAGAGCAGGAACAGAAGAUCUAUGCUCAGAUUGUGCGGGAAUACCUGGCUUAUCUGAGUCGGCUGGGAGCCUUGCUAGGAGGAGACCCAGACAAGGUGCAACAACAUGCCUUCCUGUCCAUCUCCAUUACCUCACAGCUGUUUCAGUUUCUGAGGCCCCUGGAGCAGCAGCAGGCACAGAAGAAGCUCUUCCAGCUGGUCACUAUUGACCAACUGCAGGAAAUGGCCCCUGCCAUCGACUGGUUGUCCUGCUUGCAAGCGACAUUCACGCCAAUGUCCCUGAGACCCUCCCAGCUCCUCGUAGUCCAUGACCUGGAGUAUUUGAAAAACAUGUCUCAGCUGGUGGAAGAGCAGCUGUUGAAAUACAGAGACUUUCUGCAGAGCCACAUGAUCUUGGGGCUGGUGGGGACCCUCUCUCCAGCCCUGGACAGUAAGUUCCAGGAGGCACGCAGAUCACUGAUCCAGAAACUGCGGGAGCUGACCCAACGACCACCCAUGCCCACCAGCCCUCGAUGGAUGAAGUGUGUAGAGGAGACAGGAGCCUUUUUCGAGCCUACCCUGGCAGCCUUGUUUAUUCAUGAGGCCUUCAGUCCGAAAACCCAAAGUGCUGCCAUGGAACUAUUCACUGCAAUCAAGGACACCCUCAUCGCUCGCCUCAGGAGGGUUCCCUGGAUGGAUGAGAAGACCCGGAAAGAGGCCCAGGAUAGGGUCACCCAACUGCAGGUGAAGAUGGGAGGCCCAGAAUGGGCCGUGAAGCCAUCACUGGCCAGGGAGGAAUACAACGAUAUACAGCUUGGACCCAGCUACCUGCAGUCCUUCCUGAGCUGUGUCCGAUCUCUCCGAGCUAGAAUUGUCCAGAACUUCUUGCAGUCUUUCCCCCAGCACAGGUGGCAGGUGUCCACCUGGGGGGUCAGUGCUUACUAUUCAAUAUCUGACCAUGUGGUGGUCUUCCCAGCCGGACUCCUCCAACCUCCAUUCUUCCACCCUGGCUAUCCCAGAGCCGUGAACUUUGGCGCUGCUGGCAGCAUUAUGGCCCAUGAGCUGCUGCACAUCUUCUCUCAGCUGUUACUCCCUGGGGGCUGCCCAGCCUGUGACACCCAUGCCCUACAGGGGGCGCUGCUGUGCCUGAAACGCCACUACCAAUCCAUUCCGUUACCCAGCGGACUCUCCUUCAAUGGCUCUUGGACACUACUGGAGAAUGCCGCCGACAUGGGGGGGCUGGCCAUUGCACUGCAGGCGUACAACAGGAGGCUGUUAGGGUACUACGGAGAGACUAUCCUGCCCAACCUGGACCUCAGCCCUCUACAGCUCUUCUUCCGAAGCUAUGCCCAGGUGAUGUGUAGGGAGCCCAGCACCUGGGAACCCCAGGAUCCUCACAGCCCUCCCAUGCUUCGAGUACAUGGGCCCCUCAGCAACACGCAAGCCUUUGCCAGACACUUCCACUGUCCGCGUGGUGCCCUCAUGAACCCCUCCAAACGCUGCCAGCUCUGGUAACCUGGCUACCACAGAGACUCCAACUUAGAUGUAACAACACCUCCCUGCCCCAUCCAUGGAAUCAGAUGCUAUCUCCUUUCCCGUUCCCUUCCAAAAAUAAAAGCUGGCACUUGGCUUCUGACUGUC